AUGGCGCGCGCGCGGACGCGGGCGACGUCGGGGGGCGACGCGGGCGCGCGGUCGUGCGAUGAGAUGGAUUUUGAUUUGCUCUUCGCGGAGGACGAGGCGGAGCGGUCGGUGUCGGUGGAGACGUCGGAAGAGAUUGAGGAGAGGAAUAGGGAAGGGUUCGAUGUGUGUGCGGUCGUCGUGCGGUGCGCGCGGUUGAUGUGCGCGCCGAGAACGGAGGAGGCGCGGCGAGCGUUGCGGGCGCUGCGCGCGGCGGCGUUGGCGUUGGGCGACCCGGAGACGUUCAAAGACGACAGUCGACGGGCGCACGUGCGCGAGAGUGGAUUGGAUAAACUCGCGGAAACGUUGAGGGAGGUUGAUCCGGUCACGUUCGGUGGGCUCGAGCGCACGUCGAGCGAGCCGCCGCACGUGGACGACGACGUGCUCACGAAACUCAGUCAUUCCUAUCUUUGGCUUCCGCCGAGAGCGAUGAAGUGCGGUCCGACGUACGCCACCGUGGAUGACCGCGUCAUCAUCGAGCCCAACCUCCGAUCGCACUUCGUCGUCGGAAGAGCGACGCGAGAGUACGAGCGUCUCGUGCAAGCGAUUCCAAACUGCUUUGUCGGUUCGUACGCGCAGCUCACAGAAAUCGUGCACUUCGUGUCUCAGCACAUGAACGCUUCUUUUCGCGAGCGCGGUCUCGACGUCCCGCCGUGGCGCCGACCAAGCGCGCUGACGAGCAAAUGGACUCUGCGCGCGCCGGGCUCCAGCGUGCCGCCGUCACCGUGCUCUUCGCCAAAAGGCCCGUUCGACGAAGUCGCGACCACGCGCGGCGGAUUCGAACAAGUCGCCUUCACGAAACCAAAAUUCAUUCGUUCAACAUUCGCCUUCGCACGAAGCUCCGAGGCGCAGGAGUUUUAA